UUGAGGAACGAAUUUAGGGAUUGCACAUUGAAUUGCCAUCGAAGCAUCUUCUCAAUUCUCUUCUCCGAGUCCGAGUUGACUCACCCGUUUUCACCGUCACCGACAGUACAACGCAACACAGUCACAAACCUAACCUAAACCAAACAAAAAUCAAACCAAACUUGUUUGAUUGUUCUUGAUUCUUCUAUUGUUGUUGGUGUUCCAGUUCCAGACCUCAUUGUCGUGGAUCUGUCUUGUUGCUUCCAAACUGGCCAUGGAUUACGAACCCUAUGACAGUAGUGGAACUGAUGAUGAUCUUCCGCCAACACAUCAAAAUAGAAUUCCUAGGGGGGGACGUCUUGCUGGGAAUGGAAGACCUGCUGUUGGUUCAGUUCCAUACCCUAGGAUGUUUGAUGGAAUUGAUAUGGAAGCCCAAAUUCAUCAACUUGAGCAGGAAGCGUACAGUUCAGUUCUUAGAGCCUUUAAAGCUCAAGCUGAUGCCAUUUCUUGGGAGAAAGAAAGUUUGAUUACAGAGCUGAGAAAAGAACUGAGACUUUCAAAUGAGGAACACAGACAACUUCUAGGCCAGGUUAAUGCAGAUGACAUGAUACGAAGGAUAAGGGAAUGGAGGCGGGUAGGUGGCCAUCAGCCUGGCAUGCUGAUUACUGGUCAAGCGCUUCAUGAUUCUAUUCCUAGUCCGACGGUCUCUGCAUCUCUCAAAAAACAGAAGAUUGCACCAUCUGUACCAUCACGUUCUUUUAGUGGGCCUUCUCCCCCAUUUCACCCCCCAAAAUUGACUGCACCCCAUCAGCCGUCUUCUUCUGCAGCAGCAAAACGAGGAUCUGUUCCUGGAUCAAAGGCAAAGAAGCAAAAACCUGGUCAAAUAUUACCUGGUGUAUCUUCAAUGAAGCAGCAUCCUUCCUCAGGUUCAGGUGGAAGGAAUCAAGUACCAAAUAGAGCUGUCAUAGGUGAGCUUGCUGAAGGAGCGUCAAUUGAUUCGUUGAUUGGUAGGAGAGUGCGGACAAGAUGGCCUGAUGACAAUAACUUCUAUGAAGCUGUUAUCACUGACUACAAUCCAGUUGAUGGACUACAUAAUCUGGUCUAUGACAUGGGAAGUGCAAAUGAAACAUGGGAAUGGGUUAAUUUGUCAGAGAUAUCUGCUGAAGAUAUACAGUGGGUAGGUGAGGAUCCUGGAAUUAAUCAUCGAGGGAGUUUAAGGGCCUCUGGUCAUGGGAGGAAUAGGUCUAUGGGGCGUGAUAAUGCUCCUGGAGCUGGAAGAGGUAGAGGAGUUGUGAAGGGGCAAUCUAAAAAAGAGCUUUUGUCAUCACAGAAUGGCACGGGAAAGAAGGUUCCUGAAGAUAUAAAAAUACUUCACACAGAGACACUAAUCAAGGAGGUGGAGAGGGUAUUCAGUGCAAAUCAUCCUGAUCCCCUUGAAAUUGAGAAAGCCAAGAAAGUAUUAGGGGAUCAUGAACAAGCUCUUCUCGAUGCAAUUGCAAGACUUGGUGAUCUUUCUGAUGGGGAAAGCGAUGGGCCUGGCCACCAUUUCUCACGUGCUCAAUCAAUGGAUCGAAAAUGAUGGGAAUGAAUACCUUUGUUGUUUUUUGUACUUCUCUUGUAUCAUGACAUGAAAGAGUACCUCUUUAACGCCUUAGGGUUCUUGUGGAUUAGGCAUCGUGUAGAAUGGCAAUUGUUGUAGUUCAGUUAUUAUUGUUUGAGUUGAGUUAACCCAGAACCUACUGAUACUUGUAAAAUACACUCUCCUUAGUGACUAAUGUGUGGUUGUGUGUAUAUUCUUGUAUUUGAUGGUCUCAAA